AUGCAAGUGUUACCUUUGAGCGCCAUCCUGUCAACGCCACGAGAAUACUCCACUAUGAAGCCACCUUCAAGCUCGCUAGCGACCAGCUUUAUGGACCUCCCUUCUGAGCUCCACGUGCAGAUUGCCGGAUAUCUGACCUACCCGGACGCGCUUGCCCUGAAGCAUACAUGCCGUCACUUCUAUCAUUUGGUCCCCACCGGGGUGAACCUGAAAGUGGAGUGGCUGAUCGAGCGGUUCGAGAGGAACCUUGAGUGUCCCAUGGAGAAAUGCUCCUUUCGCACCGACGAGGCAUUCUGCAACUGGCGGAUCCGACGGAUCAUGGAGCGGCGCCGGCGUCACCGAGAGUGUCGACGGGUCGCUGGCGGUUGCAAUGUGAUCGUGGGCCAGACCUGUCACCCCGAUUUGUUGCCCUCAUGGCUGCGAAAAGAAGUGCUUCGGGAGGUGGUUCAAGCGACUGCCAUGCUAGUCUAUGAAGCCUCAAAAUAUUAUACCUUUGCCAUCGACCUGAAUAGCAUCUGGGGCCUCUUGCAAGUCUAUAUCCUUCAGAUGGUAUACUGGAUGCUCACUCGGUGA